AUAACAGUGCUGUUGCCAUUCGUUUAUUGCACAGACGGCCAUAUUGUCAACAUCGUUCGAAUUCUCGAGUUUUAAGAAAGAUGAGCAAAUGGGAAAAAGACGAAGUGAUUCAAAGGUUCAGAGAAUAUUUAAGAAUACCAAGUGUACAUCCAAAUGUAGAUUACAAUGAAUGUAUCAACUUUUUGAAGAGACAGGCAGAUUUGUUGGAUCUACCUUGUAACGUCUAUGAGUUGCUAGAGAAGAAACCAGUGGUGGUUAUAACAUGGGUGGGAACUCGACCUGAAUUACCUUCUAUAUUAUUAAAUUCUCACAUGGAUGUAGUGCCUGUUUACGAAGAACAAUGGAAAUACCCACCGUUUGAAGCGCACAUUACAGAAGACGGUUGGAUCUACGCGCGUGGCGCUCAAGACAUGAAGAGCAAUGGCAUGCUGCAUCUGGAAGCUGUCAGGAAACUUAAGGAGGGCGGCGUCAGGCUCAAGAGAACUGUUCAUAUCAGUUUCGUACCAGACGAAGAGCUUGGUGGUAUAGACGGCAUGAAAAUAUUUUGUGAAUCCGAGGAAUUUAGGAAACUAAACGUGGGUUUUGAAAUGGACGAAAGUUAUCCUAGCGAUGAUCCAAAAGUAUUCCACGCCUUCCAUGGAGAACGGACUGCAAGACAAGUCAAAAUAACAUGCAAGGGGGUGACUGGUCAUGGUGCUAUGCUCCAUAAGGACACUGUCACAGCCGGAGAAAAGAUUAACUAUAUCAUUCAUAAGUUUAUGGAAUAUCGAGAAAAGGAAAGACAAAAAUUUAUAAAUGGCGCGCCUUUGGGUGAAGUAACUACAAUCAAUUUAACAAAAUUAGAAGGUGGAGUUCAAAUCAAUGUGCUGCCUGAACAGCUUUCUGUAUAUUUCGAUAUCAGGAUAUCACCAUUUGAGGACCACAAUGCCUUCGAGAAUAUGAUUUUAGGUUGGUGCAAAGAUGCUGGAGAAAACGUUACAUUGGAAUAUUUCGUUAAAAAUCCAGAAGAAAAAACUACAAAACUUGAUGAGGACGCAUAUUUUUGGAAUGCUUUACUAAAAACAGUACGGGAUAUGGGUUUGGAUAUCAAUAGUGUGAUAUGUCCGGGCACUACAGAUGCGCGGUUCAUACGUCGCCAGGGAAUCCCCGCUAUUGGAUUCUCUCCGAUCCUCAAUACGCCACAAUUAAUUCAUGCUCAUAACGAAAGAGUUCAUGCAGACGAUUUCAAACACGGAAUUGUUGUGAUGGAGAAGGUUAUAGUUGCAUUAGCAAAUGCUUAGCGCAAUUACACGAAACAUAAAUAAAGAAAAUAUUUAUUACUUAUUGUGAAAGAAAUAUACAAAUUUAUAAA